AUGGAGGCGCAGAGGGCUCGCAAGCAGCAGCAGGCGAAGCUGCUGCAGGAGCAGAUCGCCGAGCAGCGGCUGCAGCGCGAGCGCCAGGCCGCGGAGGAGCGCCAGCGAGCGUCCCGCGCACCGCCCGACGGCGCGGGCUCGGCGGCGGUGUCCCCUGGCGCCCCGCCAGCGACGCCCUCCGGCUGGGACGGCGCUGUGGCCGCGCCGCCGCCGCCGCGCCGGCGGGCGAAGGGGCCCGUGAUAGACCUCGAUGCGGAGGCCACCCAUGGGCAGCAUCAGGGCACCGACCUCGGCGGCAGCUCCAGCUCUCGCGGCCGGCUCAUCGAGGGCAUCCGCAACGAGGCUGCCAGGGAGUUGCGGGACGAGGUGCAGAGGUUGAAGCGAUCUUGCCUGGACCAAAGGCAGGGCCUUCGGCUUCAGGCUGAGGCCUUCCGCGCGGAGGCACUGCGGCUGCGCAGCGAGCAGCCUGGCCUGGGCGCGCAGAUUGGGCUGCCGACCGCAUUCGCGGCCGCCCCUGGUGCGCUGCCGCUGCAGCGCCUCAGGGCCCAGCUGCCGCCCUUCCCACAGCCGCUGCUGGCGGCGGCCGCGCUUCCCACCGUGACAUCCGAGCUCCAUGGCAUGGCGCCGCCGCCGAAGGCUGCUUCGCCUGCUUGGACGACGCUGCAGGAGAGGCAGCUGCCGCCGCUGUCGCUGCCCCUGUCAGCCCUCAAUGGCGCGGCGCCGCCCACGGCGGAGGACGCCCUGCGCCCCCCCACUGCGCACUUUGCUGUAGCCCUGCCGGAGGCGUCCACCUUCAUCUUCCCAGGCGCGGGCACGGGCGCCCUUGCCGCCGGCCACCCGGGCGGCGCGGCCGCCGCGGCCGCCUCGCCAGCCCCCUCCUGGACCGACGCCCUCUCGGCGCGCGACGAGGCCUCCACCUUCGUCUUCCCUGGCGCUGGCCCGGGCGCCUCACCUCGAAGCGGGCGGCGCACGAGCGCCCCAGCCGCCGCGGACGCCUCGCCCCCGUGGCCCGCGGCCCCGCCCGCGGUGGCCCGCGGCCCCUCGGCGAGCCAGGGGCCCCGCGAGGUCGCUCUCGGCGGCGGCGGCCGCCCAGAGCCGGCCUCGCCAGGCGAGGCGGCGCCUCCCGAAGCGCAGGCCCUGGGCGCCGCACCCGAAGGCCCCGAGGACGGCGGGCCGGCCCCCCCCUGGUCCGCCGCCUCGCAGCCCCCCUGGUCCGCCGCCUCGCACAGUGCCGGCAGGGCCCGGACGGACGACACCAUCUUCGGGAACCUCGAGUAG